AUGUACACGGCGCCUGAGGAGAGCCCGGCCAGCAUCAACAACGGCGAUGACAUCAAAGCCAGCACCGAGGUCGUGUGGGCCAAUCUGGAGGCGACGCGGCUACUCAGAGACUACGACGGGGUGCUCAUCGCGUGCUACAGCAAACACGGUCUGGUUGAGAAAAUCCAGACCCGUCACCCAGGCCUCCCGGUAACAGGCAUCUUCGAGGCCAGUGUGCUCGCAUCGCUGCCUCUCGUCAAGCAUGGCCGCGGCUGGGGAAUCGUCACGACGGGAAAGUUCUGGGAGGCCCACCUGGAAGACGCCAUCAGAUCAAUGUUGGGCGGCGCCGGCAGCUUCCUCGGCGUCCAGUCCACGGGUUUGACCGCCGGCGACUUCCACGGUGACGUGCCCCCCGAGGUGAUACGGGACAAGCUCAAGGCGGCCACCAAGCGCCUUCUGGCUGAGGGACUGCCGGACUGCAUCCUCAUGGGGUGCGGUGGCAUGGCUGGCUUAGAGGAGGUGAUUCGCGCGGCUGUACGGGAAGACCUGGGCGAGGAGGCGGCCAAGGCUGUCUAUGUGGUUGAUGGGGUGAGGGCCGGCGUGGGCGUGGUCGAGCAGAUGGUCCGGAGCAAGAGGAUGUUCCAAUUAUCUUAG